GCGAACUACCCCUUAACUUUACAAUACAGAGUAUAGCUGCAGCUUCAAUUCGGUUAGAUAAAAAAACACAGUUCUGUUAUAAUGAACCGUUAGCCGAGCAGAGCCAGCCGCUUGCAUUCCUAACAGGUAUUUGUAUUCAAUCACUUAUGCGAAUGUGGUUGAUCAGG